GAGGGCAUGCUUCCGCUUCCGCCAUAAACACUUUUGGCGCGUUUCUUGGUUUGCUGCGUUUGCUCGCCGUUCCGUUGCUCUCAUAAGGUUGUGAGGCGUCUCGCAGUCUCCACAGUCCACGAUCAGAUUCUUUCAAGCCAGUUCUCCGAAGUUAUACUCUUGUGCAGCCACAUCUUUUGCUUCUGUCAGAAUGUCGGACACACCUCCCAGAAGGUUCACAAUAGUGAAGUUUCCAAAUGAAGAAAAUCAGGUUGCAGUUGUGCCUUCAUCUUGGGUUGUCGACACCUCAUGUUUCUGGCCUCCAGAAAAGGAGCAGCGGAAAGUUGGCUUGUAUGUUCGCAAAGAGAAGGCUCCUGGUACACACUGGCAGUUCCUGGACUGUGAGCAAAUGGAAACCUAUGGAACCUAUGAAGAAGCAAGACAAAUGCUUCCCCUGGCAGCGAGCACUUCGGACCUUAAUGGUGACAGGGAAUAUGGAAGGGGAAAGAGGCCCCGAAUAAGGAAGGCUCUCUCAGAUUGUGAUGACGACGAUGAUACCUCUCUACCUGCUACCCCUCCCGAUCGAGCAAAACCGAGGUACACUACGAAGUCCAACGUCAACACAGAGCAGGCACACGAAAAACAGCGUCCGUUAGUGAACCUGUCGGAGGACGAAUGUUCAUUGCCCGCUACACCUCCCCGUCGGCGCAUGCAAAAAGGUAAGCAAGCUAUUCCUGACUGUGACCUCAUACCUAUUGGGUGUCACACAUGA